UCCUCUCUCUCUCUAUCUCUCCCUCUACCCUCGUUCUCUGUCCCUUUGCGUUUGACUCCUCUCCUCCGCCCUUUUCCCUCUCUGCCUCGCGUGCUCUUCUCUCCCUUCUCCUUCUUUUUAUCCGUGUUCUCCUCCCCUCACUCUCCCUCCCAUCGCUCUCUCUGUCUCUCGUCUCUCUGGCGAUUCCCGUGAGUUCCUCUCCCUUUCCCCUGUGCUGGGAUCCUUAAAGGCCGCUGCUUUCCGCGAGGUUGGUCUUGGAAACGAGGAGUAUUCGAUGAAGAAGAGGUGCCUUGCCUGAGAUAGAGAGAGAUAUGGUGGGGUUUCGACUUCUAGAGCCCGUUUCAUUAGUAAAGGCGCCACCUUUCUUUGGUUUUGCUGCUCUUCUCCUCUUUCUCUUCUUGUAGCUCUAUUUAAGUCCCGUUUCCCCAUGGCUGGAAGCAACGAGGUUAACGCUAACGAAUGCAAGAUGGUGGUUCCCCUCAACACAUGGGUCCUCAUCUCCAACUUCAAGCUGGCUUACAACAUGCUCCGCCGCCCCGACGGCACCUUCGACCGCCACCUUGCUGAAUUCCUUGAUCGCAAGGUCCCUGCCAAUGUCUUCCCUGUUAAUGGUGUAAUCUCUUUUGACCUCCUUAUUGAUCGCGUAACGAAUCUCCUUGCCCGCAUCUACCGCCCUUCUCCCCCUACUCCCUCUGACUCCCAGAGACCAUCCCUCCAUGCUGACCUCCAAUCCCCCCCAUCCCCUGACCCUUUCCCUGUCAUCAUCUUCUUCCAUGGUGGCAGCUUCGCCCACUCGUCGUCCAAUAGCGCCAUCUAUGACUCCCUUUGCCGCCGCUUUGUCUCCCUCUGCGGUGCUGUUGUCAUAUCCGUGAACUACCGCCGAUCACCGGAGCACCGGUAUCCCUCUGCCUAUGAUGAUGGGUGGACUGCCCUUAAAUGGGCCUCCUCCGAGCCGUGGCUCCACAGUGGUAAGGAUGCCAAGCUUCGGGUUUUCCUCUCAGGGGAUAGCUCUGGCGGGAACAUCGCACACCACGUCGCCGUGAGGGCUGCCGAAUCGGGAAUUGAGGUCUCUGGGAACAUUCUCCUCAACCCCAUGUUUGGUGGAAACCAACGGACCGAAUCGGAGAAGAGAUUGGAUGGGAAGUACUUUGUCACGGUUCAGGACAGGUACUGGUAUUGGAAGGCAUUCCUCCCUGAGGGGGCGGAUAGAGACCACCCUGCUUGCAAUCCCUUUGGUCCCAAUGGAAUGAAGCUCGAAGAGUUACCAUUCACAAAAAGCCUUGUGAUAGUGGCAGGAUUGGAUCUUACCCAGGAUUGGCAGCUGGCUUAUGCCGAAGGGCUCAAGAAGGCUGGCCAUGAUGUCAAGCUUGUCCAUCGUGAGCAGGCCACUGUUGGGUUCUACUUCUUGCCUAACACAGACCAUUUCUAUGAAGUAAUGGAGGAGAUAAAGAACUUCGUCAGUUCUAACUGUUAGUAAAUACAAGGCUCUUCAUACCUUACCUAUAGAUACGUAGAUAUAUCUAUCUAUCUAUAUAUAUAUAUAUAUAUCAGAAGCUUGACUUAUAUUACUCAGGGCUUUGUUUAGUUCUACGCAGUACAAUGGGUGAUGUAGUGCAGCUUAUGAGAUUCCUGAUUCCUGUAUGAGACUCCUGCUAUCUCUGCUGCUUCUUCUGCUUUCUUACUGUGGCUAGAGGCAUGCACGCAUGUGAUUCCAGAGAAGUCAGCUAUGCUUGCUUGGAAUUGUUUGGUUUGAUUUUGGUUUUGUGGGUGGACAAAAGUUGCUUGCAUUUGAGGAUGAGGAGAAACUCACUAAACUGUUGUCUGAAUUCUGAAUUACACGUGACUUGGUUUGUGAAAGAAGUGUUCUUUUUGACCUUUAUACUAACAGUCUUCAGUUGUGUUUGAUCCAAUUCCACGAAUAUGGUGAGGUUGGAAGAUGCUUCUGAAACAACAGGUGACUUGGUCUGUGGAAGAAACAAGGGGUUUUCUUCCGCCGACCGACUGUUUCUCCGGUGGUAUCUGUUCGAUGCCAUGUGUAUAGUAGAAUUCAGGAAGCUGGAGCAGAUCCUGAAUCUGGUUAGCGUUUGGUGGGAAUGAAUUGGGUACCCGGCUAAAGUUGUAAUCGUGUUAAUUAUAGCAACAUGGUGAACACUCCAUGGUGUUAUUAUGUUAUACUCUUUGGGAUUCUAGUAAUAUAAAGAUGCCCCAUUUUUCUUUUCAA